UUAUAUGCAUACUGCUCUUCAGUCAGUGCUCUCAGUAGACGGGCGCACAUGUGGAAGUAAGAGAAUUUCCCUUGCUUGAAGAAGGAGGGAAGGGAUUUACACAUAUUUAUAUUUAUAUAUUGCUCAGACUUGCUGGCCUUUUUUUUUUAUAUAUUCUAUUAGCUUUCUCACUAGGUACAGCAAAGAUCGUUUGUGUACAGUUUAUAUGUAUAUAUAUCUUAUAAUCUCUGAAAUGAAAUCAGUAGGGUAUAUAUAGACUUAGAAGAAGACAUAGGCUGGAGAACGUAAGACGUUAAGAGUACACGAAAGUAUUUGUAAUAUAAAUUUAGUAGUGUUGUUGAAUGAAAAGUAACCGGUUUUAUGUUUAUGCUUUAGUUAGGCCUGCUUAGUUUAUAUUAGUAUCUAUUAUAUUUAGUGGCUGCUUGUGAGUGUGUAUGUGUGCGUGUUUUAUUUUCAGUGUUUGUUUUGUUUGCGGCCAAGUCUAUCGGAAUGUAACCUCAACGGGGCACCCCACCCUAGCUUAAGCCACAGUCGAUCAAAAAUGGCGAGUAAAGGUUAUAUUUCUCGUCUAAUUGCAAAACACAAGUCCACAAUUAUUAACGAUUUGGAUGUUUUAAAAGUAUUACCCAGGCUUGUACAUAAAAAUGUUCUUACAGCUGGCGAAGAGCACGAAAUAAGUUCGCAUGGAGAUAGUAAAACUCGUGCAGAAGUAUUUUUAGAUAUCUUGUCUGACAAAGGCGAAACUGCUAUGCACGAAUUUUGUGUUGGAUUGGAAGAUACCGCCCCGCAUUUGUUGACAUCGUUUCUUUUGGAUAAUACAGAUCAAUUAACACAUGAUUGCCCCCCUUCUCAAGCACUACAGUUAGGAUUUGAACUUGCUCUCAAAGAAAGAGAUGCUGUUUUAAGAGAAAAUGCUAAAGCAGUAGAAGAACGUGAUUCAGCACUUAGACAGUAUCAUUUAAUGAAAAAUGAACGUGACCAGGCUCUGCAUGGUUUGGAAAACCUAACUGGUAAAAGUACAAAAUCCAGCAAUACGAAAAAUGUAGAUUAUAGUCCAUUGCCGGAAUCUAAACGUACUCGGUCUCCUGGACGUAAAAGCAAAGAAAAAUCAAAAGGAAUGGAUGAGGAUACACUAGCUGAAGAUACUGGGGAUAAUAUUACGUGGGAGACCCAUAAAGUGACCCUCACAAAGGUUGAUAAUUUUGGAUUUGGCAUUGCUGUAAGUGGUGGUCGAGACAAUCCACAUUUCGACAAUGGAGACCCCUCUAUAGCUAUUUGUGAUGUCCUUAAAGCAGGCCCUGCUGAAGGAAAGCUGCAAAUUAAUGAUCGAGUGAUUAGUGUAAAUGGGUUAUCGUUGGAGAAUGUAGACUACAAUACUGCUGUAACUUUACUAAAAGAGAGUGGAAAAACUGCCCAUUUGGUGAUACGACGGAAAGCCAUCCAAACCUCUUCUUCGGAAUGGGAAUCUCAGCCCAUAAAACUUACGCUUUCCAAGAAAAAUAGAAAAGAUGAAUUUGGCAUUAUUCUAGGAUGUCGUGUUUUUGUAAAAGAAAUCAUUAAGCAUAGUGUCGCAGCUGAACAAGGUGGUUUGAAGGUUGGUGACACAAUUCUAAAGAUAAAUGCCACCCCUGUCGAUAACAUUUCAAUAACAGAUGCCAAAAGGUUGAUAGAAAAAACAAAAGACAAACUUCAUUUAUUAAUUACAAAGAAAAAAACAGAUGGCGGCAGACACAAACGACAGAAUAGUCAACCGAAAGAAGAAAUUGAUUAUUCGUCUAGAUAUGGGAUCUUAAAAAGAUCGUUAGAAAAAGAAGAUAUCAAUAUUUACCGGCCGCAUCAGAGCAGAGCAUUAAAUGAAGAUGAGACGAAUUCGCUGGGACCCCCCGGUCUGCAUCGAAUGCACCAUUCCCAUGGUGACAUUCUACUGCCUGGCCCUGGUCCAAUUAGUGCGAGUCGUGACCACCCUAAUGCAUCAUCAAGAUAUGAAAGUCGGUACAUGUACAAUCAAGAACCACCACCGCCUCGGCCACCUUUACCCCAAGAACUUGAUUCAGAUAUGAUUCCAACAGGUAAAGACUUCUUACAUCCAGACGACUUUUAUGCAUCACAAGUAAAGCACAACAACUACUAUAGCGACAUUGAAAACCGGGGUCAUUUGCAUGAGAAUCCAUAUGAAUCGAGGGAGGAGCGGUAUGGCACGGCGCCUCGACAGCGUCACUCUGACCAGCUCCUUGAGUCACACUAUGAACGAAGUCCACAAGCUCAUAAACAGCCUUAUAGCAGCAAAGAACCAGAGAAUGACAUACAACCUCCUGUUACUUUCAACAGAUCACAGCCAACUGAGUCAUACAUAGGGAAGAAACGAAGUAGCAGAACCGAACCUAGAUAUGUGACUUUUCGCAAGGAUCCUGAAGUUGGUCUUGGAUUGCGGUUGGCUGGAGGAAAUGCAACUGGAAUUUUCAUCGCUUCUGUUCAUCCAGGUAGUGGUGCUGAAAAAGAAGGUCUUGUAGAAGGAGACCAAAUUCUGAAGGUGAAUGAUGUUGAAAUUACUGGAAUGACGCGAGAAGAAGCGGUAACAUAUCUGCUGAGUGUUGAUGGUCAAGUGUCCAUUAGUGUUCAACAUAAAAAGGAAGAAUAUGACCACAUAAUGGCGAGUCAUGAAGCUGGAGAUUCAUUCUUUGUAAAGGCCCAUUACACCUUUGAACAAACAGAGUCUUCUGAACUUGCCUUUGUACGAGGAGAGGUUUUACGUAUCAAAGACACUUUGUACGGAGGAGUUAGUGGUUCAUGGCUUGCCAUUAAAAUUGGCAAAAAUAAUCAAGAAUUACAAAAGGGAAUUAUUCCAAACAGUAGUCGAGCAGAAAAAAUGGCCCUUAACCAGCAGCAAAGUCUCAGUGAUAAAGAACUGGCUUUGAGUAAACAGAAAAGCACAAGUUUAUUUCGAAGAAAAUCUGCUCGUCGUGCUAAAACACUCGGUCAAAACCACUGGGAUGAUGUUAUAUUCUCCAAUGAAGCUGUUAAUCACAGCACCAAGUUUCCUGCUUAUGAACGUGUGAUUUUGACUGAUGUGGGUUAUGUACGUCCAGUGGUUAUUUUUGGUGCAGUUGCUGAUAUUGCCAAAGACCGUCUUCUUCAAGACUUACCCGAGAAGUUUGAUUCCCCUCAGAAAAGUGGUCAUGAAGAUGACGGUAGGAAAAACCGAACAGGUGUUGUGAAACUUAGUGCUAUUAAUGGUGUUAUGACUCAGAAUAAACACUGUCUGUUGGACAUUACUCCUGAUUCAGUUGAAAAGCUCAACUUUGCACAAUAUUACCCUUUGGUAAUUUUUGUGGCAUCAGAAACGAAGGCUGCUAUGAAAGAUGUUCGUUCACGGUGGGCCAAAAACUCAAGCAAGAACUUGAAAAAGCUCUACGAAGAAUCGAUGAAAUUAGAGAAGUUCUACAGUUAUUUAUUUACAGGUACAAUUAUCCAUAACAGCAGUGAUAGUUGGUAUCGUAAAUUGAAAGAAAUGAUUGACUUCCAGCAAAAGCAACAAAUAUGGAUAUCAGAAAAACCGCUGACAGAUUCUAAGCAUGAUGAUUUCUUAUUUCCAAUGUCAACCCGACUUAGCAUGGUGGCCUCUCCUGAGACAGAACAAGCGCUAAAUCGUCCCGUUGAUGACAUUGAUACGUUACCUAUUAAAACAGCUCCACUCAUGCGCUCCUCUUCAGACCCCAGCAUAGCAACUAUUGAUAGAAUUCCAGCCAUAGCGACAUACCCUUCACCCCCAAACUACAAACGAAAAGAGAACAGUAUACCCCACACAAAAGAACCUACUUACUCAGACAGCCACCAAUCACCCAUCAGGUAUAAAGAAGAUUACAGUAGUCUUCCUGAGGACCGUUAUUAUCCAUCUUAUUAUGCUCAGAAUCACUCAAGAGAGUGGUCUAACCAUAGCAGGUCAAACAUUGACCCUUAUGCUACUCUUACCCCUAGUGAACGAUUACGCUCUCAGCAGGGAGGAGAAGAUGAUCAUUAUUCAAGCCGUAGAUACCAGGAAUUUCCUCAGAACCAUUGGAAACGAGAUGAUCGUGUCCCUCAUACACAUCACAAUCCAUCCUCACCACCGUCGCAUCCUGAACAAAGUCCAUCUCAUGAUCAAAAGAUUUACAAUGAUUCAUCUUCAUAUAGCAGUGAUUCAUACAGUCGGUAUACAUCUAAUCCUGCUAACAAACAUGAUGACAGCAAGCUUCAAGAAAAAUUUGGUUCAUUGUUUAAUGCAAAGCGUAUUGAUCGGAAUACCUCAUCGCAUGACCCAUAUCGCUUCACUCGCAGCACAGCAAAUCCAGUCAGCACCAUCAAUGUAGAUAAAGCAAAGUUAUCAGACCUAUCUGCCAAGUAUCGUAAAGAAGAAGGAAAAAACAAAGUUGUAGCCAGGUCCAACUCCUCUAUAGAUCAUACGAAAGAUGAUUUUACAUUAGAAAAGAGGGGUAAAGGGACAUCUUCCAACAAAACAACAGGCAAAAAAGAACCACCUCCAGUCCCUAUAAAAACAUACACAAUGAGAGACCGAGGGAUUGAACCUGAUGAUAAACAAUUGAGAAAUUACGAAACUCCCAGUCGAACUUAUAGUGGAUGGGAUUACAAUCCAGCACAGCCUUAUCGAGCUGACCACAUGCGGCCCUCAAUAUCUACUCGAACCGAGCUGCACCUAGCUCACCGUUCUCAGCUUGACUCACAGCAUGGAGCAAUGGUAUACGGUGGUCUCGAGCCAAUCAAAGUGCACCUGAACGGCCCGUCGUCUUCCGUGCUCGCCUACAGUAACAUGGACAGCCCCCAGUUAGUGAACGACAUGAAGCACAAGGACAACUACCACCACACGUCGGCGGCCACAGCUGCUCUUCUGACCGCCGACCCUGCUCAUGAAAGUCCAUACCGGGAGCAUUUCCAUAAUGAGUCCAGAUACAACGAAACUCGGACAUUUUCAAACCAUUCGUACAAAGAAGCGCAAAACAUGGAUAACUACGCGGCACCUGAUCAGAUUUACAUCAAGUCGAAUGAUGUGAAUAACUGUGGCCGGGAAUCGAUCUAUGGCAGCCACAUCAACCGACCGAGGACAGACGACGAGUGUCUACAGGAGCUGGCUAUGAGGCGGUCAUGGGCAGCACCUUCUUCGGCAACUGUUAACAGCUUGAAAAGAAAUAGUCUGUCAUCGCAUCAUCUACAUAGCUCCAGACCGAGCAGAGAACAAAAUGGUAAAACCACAUUUGAAGCCUAUAAGAAGAUAAUUACACCAGAUUUUUAUGGAUCAAAGAAAGAGGUUAUUUCAGAAUGGGAGACGAUGGCCCCAAGUACCAUGAAUGAGAGUAUGAAAGCAAGAGAAAAGGAUCAUGACAGUGCUUUCGAGUCGUACAGGAAAGACAGUACUGGGAAAAUACUUACAUCUUUUGGCCAAUCCGAUGGAAACCUGAAACACAACAAACUGGAAACAGACCACGAAAAAUUAGAAAAUGAGAAUCUGUCUAUGGAAGAAGUGCUGUCUCAACUACAAGCUGAGCUAGACAUGACUCUCUUGGAGUUGUCUGAAAUGGAUGCGGAGAAGGAAGCAGCCAACACCAUCACAACAAACGGUGAAACCGAAACUGCUGAAGGGGACCAGCCCAACGAUGAGAGUGACACCCCACUUUUAGAAACUCAUUCCCAACCUGUUAAUGAUAGUAAGGAGAACGUGGAAAGUGAGCCCAAAGAAGUGCUCUCGCUCUGUUCUCCCACAGCUUCUUCUGGCAGUGCUUCGACCCCAGAUACAGUAAUAGAUGGGAAUAUGGACGGCAAACACACUAUCCUGGCAACUGCUAAAGGAGUGUUUGGGUAUGACGGUGGAAUUCUAGAAUCAAAAGUAACAGGGGUGAGUAUCUUCAUACCAAAAGGUGCUCUACCAGAAGGAGCCGAUCAAGAGAUCUACUUCAACGUGUGCCAAGACAACAGCAUUCUCCCACCUCUCGAUAAGGAAAAAGGUGAAACCCUACUGAGUCCCCUGGUGAUGUGUGGUCCACAUGGACUGAAAUUCAAUCAACCUGUUGAACUGCGCUUGCCCCACUGUGCUUCCGUUAACCCCGACAGCUGGUCCUUUGCACUCAAAUCAAGUGAUUCUCCUACAGGUCAUCCUACUCAAUGGCAGAAUCUAACCCUAGCUGGAAUGGACGGUGUAGCACAUGGCAAAGUUGGAAAGAAUAGCGUGUCGGUGCUAGUGGAUCAUUUUUAAUACUUUUAAAAAACAUUUUGCUGGAACACUGUGGCAAUAGCAAAGCCACUUAACACACAUGCCUGCCUGCCUACUUACCAAAGACACUGAUAAAACAUAUCAGCUCUUUUGAAAACAUUUCUGCAGCUGUUCAGCCAAAACCACAACACAUUACAGACACAGCAAAGCAAUUAAUGAAAUAAAAUACGAAAAACGAGAGAACAUAGACAGGCAACAACAAUCUGAUAUUUAGUUCAAUCACCUCCCAUUGCUGUUGAGUCAAACUUCACUACACAGACUGCAAAACAAUUUAGAAAGUGAAAUAAAAUGAAGAUGAGGGAGAGAAAAACUAAGGUAAUAAUUAAAUUAGUGGAAGGUUUAAUUUCUUAUCCAUCUAUGAGCACCGAAACUACAGAUUCUCCAGUUAUGCGAUCAGAGAUUUUAAUUUUAAUUUUUUUCUAUGCAGUGUGUGUAGGGAGAGAGAAUACUAAGACAGGGAACUGUUUGAAAACUUUAAGCACUCAAUACUGAAAGCAAGCAAAAAAAAUGGGAGGUCAGUUUUCUCCUAUGAUGAAAUUUGUCUCAAACUAAGUAAAACUACGCGGUCAUAUAUAGAUAUAUAUAUUUUGUAUUAAGGCAGAAACUUUAAAGGGCAUUUAUAAAUCUGAAUAAGAGUCUACAAUUUCAUUAUUUCAAAAAUAUUCUUUUCCUUGUGUGUAAUAAUCUCAAGCUGCGUGCUGAAUUAUUUUUGUCUCAAAAUAUGGUUAAGAGGGCAGCAAUAGCUUCAAAUUAGGGUUAGCUUAAGAUCUGUAAAUGGCUUUUUUUUUCUUAAUGUCUAGUUUAUGUAAUAGUAAUGAUUGUCAUGACAAUACAACCUCACUUCUUUGAUACUUUGUCUGAACAGCUAAGAAAUAUAUGAAGAAACCAUUUUUUUUUUCUUCUCCUCAAAACACUUUGCUUUGAUGCUACUCUGGCUGAAGAGCUUUGAAAUAUAAAUAGAACCAGUUUUCCUUUCUCGAGUAAAUUGCCUGAUUCAGUAUAUAUAAACUACUCACUACUUUUCAACAGACAGACGGCUCUUAAUGUUUUAAAGUAGGCAGGCAAAGAAAGCUGAAGUUAUAAGUUAUUGUAUCAAACUAUUUCUAUUGUGAAUAAAAUUUAGACA